GGCGGGGCGGGGGGGUGGCCAAGAUGGCGGCAGCGGCGGUGGCGGGGUGAGGCGGCGGCGGCGAUGAUGUCCGGGGCGGAGGAUCGCGAGGCCGGCGGGGGCCCGGCCGCCCCCUCCGCCCCUUCCGCGGCCCUGCCCGGCCCCGCGGCGGCGGCGGGCGGCCCGGGCGAGGCGGGAGGCGGUGAGGAGGCGGGCUCGCUGCUCGGCGGGGCCCGGCCUCACGGCGAGGCGGGCGCCGACCCCGACGCGCCGCCCAAGAAGCGGCUGAGGGCGGCGGGGAUGGGGGCGGGUGGGCCCGAGGGGGCGGCGGGCAGCGUGAAGCUGGAGGAGCGGCUCUACUCCGUGCUGUGCUGCACUGUCUGCCUCGACCUGCCCAAGGCCUCGGUCUACCAGUGCACCAAUGGCCACCUGAUGUGCGCCGGCUGCUUCAUCCACCUUCUGGCAGACGCUCGACUGAAGGAGGAACAAGCCACUUGCCCAAAUUGCCGCUGUGAGAUCAGUAAGAGCCUGUGCUGCCGAAACCUGGCUGUGGAAAAAGCUGUCAGUGAGCUUCCCUCUGAGUGUGGCUUCUGCAUGCAGCAGUUCCCCCGAUCCCUCCUGGAGAGGCACCAGAAAGAGGAGUGCCAGGACAGGGUGACCCAGUGCAAAUACAAGCGGAUCGGGUGCCCGUGGCAGGGUCCCUACCACGAGCUGACGGUGCAUGAAGCCGAAUGUACCCACCCCACCAAAACCGGCAACGAGCUGAUGGAGAUCUUAGAUGAAAUGGACCAAACGAGGAAAAAAGAAAUGCAGCUUUAUAACAGCAUCUUCAGCCUGCUCAGCUUCGAGAAGAUCGGCUACACAGAGGUGCAGUUCCGCCCUUACCGCACCGAUGACUUCAUCACGCGGCUGUACUACGAGACGCCGCGCCUGACCGUCCUCAACCAGACAUGGGUGCUGAAGGCACGGGUGAACGACUCAGAGCGGAACCCCAACCUCUCCUGCAAGCGCACCCUCUCCUUCCAGCUCAUCCUGAAAAGCAAAAUCAACUCCCCCAUGGAAUGCUCCUUCCUCCUCCUCGAGGGCCCCUACGACGACGUGAAGAUCCACCCCGUCAUCUACCACUUCGUCUUCAGCAAUGAGAACAACGAGACGGAUUACAUGGCGCUGCCCAUCGAUUCGGUGGAGUGUAACAAACUGCUGGCGGCUAAAAACAUCAACCUGCGGCUUUUUAUAUUUCAAAUCCAAAAAUAGGACUGGGAAACCCACCAUUGGACCCGCCCCCACCACCUCAUCACCACUGGGAUCUCGCCCAAAGUGCAGUUUCGAGGCAAAAAAAAGAAAAAAGAAAAAAAAAAACCCAACAGAAACCCAACCCACGCAAAAUUGAGAGAAAUCUGCAUGCGCCGGCAUCGAUGCUGCUUCUCCUCCUGCGUCGGCAGCACGGCUGUGGGGGGGGGGGGCGGCAGGGCUCUGGUUUUGGGGAGGGGGCGGCCAUGGGGCUCAGUAGUAUUCUGUACAGCGGCUCCUCUGGCUGUUUUACUAUUAGAAUAAAAAAAAAAGGGGAAUUUUCCAAUUAUUUGGCGGUUUUUGAAACUUCAGCAAGUGGCAGAGACCGUGGCGCUGCCGCUGCCGGGGCCGUCCCCUCUGCCCGUGCCUCAGACCAGACCCGCGGGGGUUGGGGUGGGCUGCACCUCUUAUUUGACCAAGAUUUGAGUUGUUUGACAGAAAACUGGAGUUGGGAUUUUUGUUUUUUUGGUGGGUUUUUAAAACAGAUUUUGAGUGUUUUCUUGGUUGGUAGUUUUUUGUUUGGUUUUUUUUUUUUUUUUUUUUUUAACCAAAAUUGAGGGGUUUGUGAGUUUGCUGGGAGUGUUUUAUUUGUUUUGGUUGGUUGUGGUUUUAACCAAAAUCAGAGUUUUGGAGGUUUUUAACAAAAUUUGAGUUGGUUUGAUUAGGUUUUUUGUCAAAACUGGGGUGGUGGGUGUGUUUUUAAAACAGAAAUUGAGAUUUGUUUGUAACCAACAUUUGAGGGUUUUUACACCAAAA